GUUAUUCCCACUUUUCCUUUCUGGCUUUCUUUUUUACCCCGUUUGGCUCCUGUCAUCGUAUCACGGCGUCCACCCGUCGACGGCCUCUCCUCGCUGGCUUCCACCCGUCGACGGCCUCUCCUCGCUGGCUUCCACCCGCCGACGGCCUCUCCUCGCCGGCGUCCACCGAACUGCCACCGCCGACGGCCUUUUGUCCGCUGGCUUUCCUCUUCCUCUUUACCUCACCGCUUCUCAUUCCCCUUCAUACACCUGUCCGACUCUUCUCCACCUCUUCCUCCACCUGUCCGGCUUCAACUCCAGGGUUCUCUCAAGAUCCUUACGUGGAUCGGGAUCCUGUUGGCAGCCUUUCAAGAUCGCGGCGAUAUUCUAUGUCCAUGACGCCGAUGUUAUUUUUCUAGGGUUUCUUCACAAAAGUCUGGUGCUUCGAGAUCAAGGCUUCAAGUCUUGAAGGCUUCGAGAGAUAAAACUAACCAGCACUAGUCCAACAAGCAUUACUUCACCUGACAUCACAGCAUGGCCCAAGAGAAUCAAACAAUCAUCCCUGUUGAUCCAGCAAGCUUUCCUUCAAGGCGUAAACGAGGUCGUCCUCGUAAGCACGAUGGUCCUGGAUGUGAACCACGUAGGAGAAACCGGCAGUUUCAAGCUACUGCAACUCAAGCAUUUCCAGCACAGGCUCCUUCAUCUCAUGCUAAUCCAAUUGCCAGUUCCAGUCGUGGGCCUUGUGGCCUCAUAGGUCAGAAAGUCUCUGGUAUUCUGGAGGGGAUUUUCGAUGCGGGAUAUCUUCUCACUGUUCGAGUAGGUGAGACUGGACCUGUCUUCAAGGGUUUGGUGUUUGAUCCACACCUGUCUGUUCCUCUCACUGUGGAUAAUGAUAUUGCACCACUUCUUCCAAUGUCAAGAAGCGAUGAAAUCUUAUAUCAGGUUGGCCAUGCACCAACCAAGGAGCCAGUUUCACCACCAAUCCAUCCUGUAUCGAAAAUGGUUACAGCUGCAGUGCCUCUUCAGAUAAGGGAACCUGCUACCCCUUUUCCACCUGUAAACCAUUUACAUGAAUCCUCCAGGCUUCCUCAAACAGCUCCAAGUGCAAAGGAAGCAGAGCGGAAUGAUGCCACCCAUCUCUCUCAGGAUGUGCACCCUGCUUCACAACCUGACUUGAAAAAAGUACUUAUGGAGACGGCUCCAAGUACAGAGGAAGUUGCGGGGCAUGGUGCCAACCGUCUUCCUCAGGAUAUAUGCCCUGCUUUGCAAACUGAUGUUGACAUAAUACGUCUGGAGAAAGCUCCAAGUACAAAAGUAGCGCAGAAAGAUGCCAUCCAUCUUCCUCAGGAUGUGCGCCCUGCUUUGCAAACUGAAUUUAAAAACAUACUUCUGGAGACAUUAUCCAGAAAAGUGGCAAAUGAUGAGCUGCCAAAAUCUCAGCCUGCUGCAUCUCAACAAUCUGUGCCUACGUGCACACAAACAGGACUUUCAUCAGGCCCAUCUUACGUUAUGAACAAUGCCGGGGCAGCAGCCAUCGGAGCUUCUUCAGGAGAUAGAACUGAAAAAAUGGUUGAGACAGCAAAAGGAUGUGUAAAUUCUGAACAUAUUGAAGGAUCAUCAGAUAAUGUUGGUGGAAAGCUCAAUUGUACUGGCCAGGCACCACAGUCGGAUAAGUCCUUGACAGACAAUGAGACAGCUGGUGGCAAUGCAGAUAUUAGUUGCCAGGCGCUGAUAUGCGAUGAGAAGUUGAAGGCCAAUGAAACGUUUGGUGGGAAGAUGGAUUUGGUUGGUGAGGCUCCGCAACUUAAUAUACAAGUAUCAGAAAACAGAGAGCUGCCUGAAGAAUUCCAAAAUGAGAAGGACCAACAAAACCUCUCAGUUCCUUCUACUCCUGAAGUAGUAGCAUCGCAGGUUCAGAUUGAGGAACAGAAGCUUCAGUCAAGUAACAUCUGCCAUAUUGGCAAUGAUGGUUGACUGCCUCUUAGUGGUUCUGCCUAGGUUGGACAGAGACUUUUAUUUUUCUUCCGCUUCUUUUGUCUAUGGUUGUUCGCAAGGUUUUACAGGUCAUGCAGAUGUUUUAAGGUUGAUGUGAACAGGGACUUGAAUGUCGAGGACCUGCAGAUAUCAGGUAUAUGGUUAUUAUGUACUUUAUCUAGCUAACAUAUGACCCCUCUAUCGAAGUUUAUCACUUUAUGAUGGACAUUGUAAUGUUGCUGAAAAUCAGAAAAUAUACUUGAAUGGUUUUGAUCGACCA